AUGUACACCGUAAGAAAUAAAAUUUGCACAGAUUGUCCCAAUGCAUUCAUGCAUCCACCCUCUACUCAUGCUCUAAUCCAAAACGCUCAAACACACGCCAUCGGAACCGCGUGGAUUCUUACAAAUGUAGCAAAACUUAAAA